GUUGAAGGAGGUAGUCGUGACUCGUUCCACCUCCCGUUGUGUUACGUUGAAUGGCCCGCCUCGAUGCGUGUUGUGAAGUGUGUGUAUAAGUCUUUCUGGUCUAUAUGUGAAACUUACCUUGAUCUGGAGCUAGAAAAAAGGAUUUACUAAGGUUGCCGUGACUCUUAAAAUUAAUUGCUUAUAGUUUAACCAAUGGAUUUACAUCUUGCAUGAAUUGACCUCGCCAGUGCUCCGAUGAAGGAUAGGAAACAGAGAGGCCUCUUUGAUGCCACACUUUGCACCGACCUUAGUAAUUCCCCCCCAACUGACACCACACUGACACUUCUGCAUUUGAAGUGAAGAUGUGUAAAACUCAAAUUUUCUUAUAUUUGGAUUCGUUUUGUUUAGUCCUUUUUCAGUAUUUCGCUAUUAUAAUAAUGCGCGAACUUCCGUCAAUAAAAUUUUGAAAGCGUCUUUCUCUUGUGAAGUAAGCGAACAUUAAUUUUGCAAAUGGUAACAGAUACAGUCCCAACCUAAGUAAGACAUUCCAGGCAAAUAGUUAUUGUAAAUCUUAAACCUUGUUGGGCGAGUGUGCGGUGUUAUAUUAUUAUCAGGGCAGUGGUCAUUGCUUAGAAAAUCACGGCAUUCAUUUGGAUGUUUAGUUUCCACCAUUGUGACAUUUGUGUGUAAAGAAAAUGUAAAUUUACGGUCCGAAUCCUGCCUGAAAUUCAUCAGUCGAUUAUAUCCUCAUUGAAUAGCAUGCGUCAUCCCGAUUGUAUGUGGUACUGACGGUAAAAAAAAAAAAACACCGAAAACAUGACAGAAAUGGCGGUGAUCUGAUGUGGUGAUUGUUGUGAGACGCGCGAGAGAUCGUCGUGGGUGCCAGUACCUGUGACUAAUAUUGUAUGGGGUGAAGGAAGUAGCCGCCGUUAAUGUGAUGGUGAUGAAACAGCUGACCAUCGCCAUGAAGGACCCCAUCUAUAUCAAGACCCCCGUCAGGACCAGCCCUCUUCCAGACUCGGUCAAGGGGGACUGGAAUCCGCGCAGUUUGUCGACAUUCUCCACCUUCGGGGGUGGGCAGGGUUCACCCCCUCUCAUGGGUAUCAACGGGCACGCCAAUGGCACCAUCCACGUCAAUGGAGGCACUAACGGACUCACGGGCAACGGGAUGUCCGUCCUGAUGAGUCCCACCAAGGCGAACGGAUCCGUCACCGUCAACGGAUUAAACCCGCCGGACAUUCUGGCCAGCCCAGAUGUCAUCCCCAGUUGCCACAAGCCCGCCCACGCCCUCGGGCCGGAGAUCGUCAGCCAUGUUGCCAAGCCCCUAGGCAUGCCUGUCGUCCCGCCGAGCGUCGGGGACAUCGUCAGGCCGCGCCAUUACCACAGCAAGUCUCUGGUGGGGGACGAACUCCAGCCGCUGCCCGCUCCGUCACACUCCCAUUCCAGGUCCUUGGUGUCCUCCAUGGAUCUCAUCCCGCCCAAGUCUCCGGAUGGGGUCGAGUCAGCCGAAGUCAACCUCUUCUUGAGCCCCACCGACCGGAGAUUUGGUUUUUCGGUCGUCGGUGGAAUCGAUGAAGGUUUUCCGCCGAGGAUUGACGAAGUCGCCAAAGGGUCGCCAGCGGACAAGGCUGACCUGGAAGUGGGAGAUGAGAUCUUGGAGGUCAACGGGAAGAGUCUGGAGGAUGCCACGCACACAGAGGUCAUUUCACACAUACAUCAGUGCAUAAGAUCGAGGACAAUAUGCUUGCGGGUGAAAAGAAGAACCGGCAACAAAUUAGCUGUGGACUUAGCGGCGAGUUCGAACGUCCAAGAUGCGUUCGUCAUCGCCGUGGAGCAGCAGGCCCGAGAGAGGCUGGAGCGGCUCUCGGCCCUCAAGAAGAUCAAGCCGGUGGACAUGACCAAACUCUCAUCGCAGUUGGAACCUCACAAGAGCGUAGUAAGUGUGGGUCAGCAGCCCAGCCCCGGUGGCCGUUCCCCCGGCCAGCCCCUCUCUCGGGAACAGCAGCAACAACAGCAGCCGCAGCAGCAGCAGCAACAGCAAAAGGACGACGUCAACGGCGUCUUAGAGGCAUCUCCCAUCUACGUCACCAGCGUACCCAACUUGACCUCGGAAGCUCCCAGGGCCAGAUCCCGGUCGAGGUCAUCGACGCCGAAUCGUACGUCACCUAGUCCGCGGCGGCAUCACUCUGCCCGGAGCUCUCGGGAGACGCCACCCACGCCUCUGACUCCGAGUCCCCGGCGGGAGGCGCCCACGCUCAAAAGUACAGAGAGCAGCCCUAGCGUUGACAGGAGCUCGAGGCGUUCCAGUAAGCGCAAGAGCUCCACACGCCUCACCAACGGCCACCACGGAGGGAGUGGUAGUGUUGGUGGGGGAGGAGGAGGAGGAGGAGGGGGGGGAGAAGGCAGUGUUGGAGGAGGAGUCGCAAGUGUCGAGGCGGAGGUCGAAGCUAACAAAAGUGGUGACGAACUUGAACUGACGCAUGACUUGAACGACACUUUAGACGAUACGGAAGAGCUCGAUCAGGACGAGGCGCCUGACACACAGUGUGAUCGAACUGACAGCGAGGACAAGCUCGACCUCGAAGGGGCGUGUCUCAGUGAAAGCGGAGACUCCCUUCCCGGCACGCCAGAGAAAAAUUACGGUAUUGUGAGAUCGGACUCGAAAAAGUCCUCCAGGAGCAACAGCCGGCGAGAUAGGGCAUCCCCACGCGAGGUCCUCAUCGAUCACGAUCACCAGGAACACAAGUCCUCGGCGUCAACCAAGACUCCCGUACACGCCGUCAGCAGCUGCGAUAGCCGGGACAGCACAAGUUCUCGCAAGUCCGGGGGCAGCAGCGGCAGUGGGGAGGUGGGUGGAGGCACCCCUCGGCACAAGGGUACAGGGGGCAGCACCCCUAGACAUUCCCGAAGAAACCGAGACCCUUCGCGGGACAACAACUCCACACCGGUUUCUGGAACCGAAAUCAGCAGCUACGACAACAUGAUCAGCAUGGUGGAGUUUGACCCAGGCCAUCGGGAAAUGGCAGUUGAUGUACCCGAGUCUUUUGUGGCUAGAACCAAGACUCCUCCAAGAUAUCCCCCACCUAAACCUCAGGGUCAGCCAAUCACACCAAUUCACAAUAACAACAACAACAACAGUAGUAAGAGUAGCAGAAAGGGUGGAUCCUCUGGAAGUGCUACACCUCAGAAUGGUACCUUACCAAAGGCUGCCUCUCCUCCACGUAUUCCAGACCAACCUCAAACCAGAUCACCUCAGUUACCUGCUCAGCAGGAGGGACUUAUGCAGAUGCCUUCCACGCAAGAAGAGAUGAUCAGAAUGAAGAAGUAUGAGGAGGAACUAAAGCUUCGAAGAGAGCGUGAAGAACAGGAAGCUAUGUUAAGAUCUUCCUUAAGGUCAUCUCAAAAGCUUCAACAGCUGGCAUCGCAUCCACUCCCGACUGGCGUUGUAAAUGAGGGCUUCUCUGGUGAAGAGCAACAGGCUGGAGUUGAAUUAAAGGCUGUGGCAGAUACACCUAGUAAAGUCAUAGGUAUCAAUGAACUUAUACAAUCACUACAAAGAAUACAAACUGUGCUCAAGUCAAAUGGUCACCGAAUUAGUGAAGAUGUGACGCUUGUAGCUCAACUCUUAACUAAUCCAGAGUUCCAGAAGGUGCUUGCAGUACACAAUAAGGUGCAGGAAACAUGGUGUUUGAAUAGACCUCCAACACCAGUUACAGACAAUGCUCAGGAACUCUUAGCUGAGAGUUUGCAAGAGCUUCAAGAAUACUCAGUACCUGAAGCUGCUGAAUUAAUAGACAUACUCAACAAAUACUCGAUGGAAGGUCUCUUGUAUGCCCAUGACCGAAUUGCAGAACGAGAGCCCUUACCCGUCGGGAAUGUACCAGAGGAGGAGACAGUAGACAGAACGUCACAUUAUCCAGAAGACAGUGUGAAGAUUGUUCGAAUAGAUAAAACAAAUGAACCUUUGGUAAGUGUUCGAAUAGAUAAAACAAAUGAACCUUUGGGUGCUACAAUUAGAAAUGAAGGUGAUUCUGUGAUUAUUGGCCGUAUUGUUAAAGGUGGUGCAGCAGAGAAAUCUGGUCUCCUCCAUGAGGGUGAUGAAAUAUUGGAAGUCAAUGGUGUUGAAGUUAGGGGCAAGUCUGUCAAUGAUAUAUGCGACAUGCUCGCAGGCAUGACUGGCACUCUUACUUUCAUCAUCAUUCCUUGUGGAACUCAAGCACCACCACCUCGCCCACCAAUUGCUCAGACUAUGCAUGUUAAGGCACAUUUUGACUAUGACCCUGAGGAAGACUUGUACAUACCUUGCAGGGAACUAGGAAUGAGUUUCCAGAAAGGAGAUAUUUUGCAUGUGAUAUCUCAGAGUGACCCUAAUUGGUGGCAAGCAUACAGAGAUGGUGAAGAGGACCAAACACUUGCAGGCCUUAUUCCUUCUAAGACCUUCCAGCAACACCGGGAAGCAAUGAGACAAACUGUAGUCGGCGAUAACAACAACAAAGAGAAAACAAAGAAAGGAAAACUUUUAUGUGCCAAAAAGCAUCAGAAGAAAAAGAAGAAGAAAAUGUUAUAUCCUAACUAUAAUGAAGCACGGAGCAACUCUCCUCUUCCUAUCCCAGGAAGGGGUGGACCUGGUACUGACAUCUAUAAUGAAAAUGAAAAUUCUGGAACUAAUCCCACAAGAAGUAGGGUUUUAACACUGAGGCUUGCUUUGCCAGCAUGUCGAUGUGUUAAAGGCAGCACACGGAGACGAUCCAGCUCAAUGUCUGAUCUUGAUAUUGAUUUUGAUUCUGAAGAAAUUCUCACUUAUGAAGAAGUAGCACUGUACUACCCUCGCACCAACAGAAAGAGACCAAUAGUUUUAAUUGGGCCUCCAAAUAUUGGACGACAUGAGCUAAGGCAAAAGCUUAUGGAGGACAGGGAAAGAUUUGCAGCUGCUAUUCCACACACAUCUCGCGCGCGAAGAGAAACGGAGGUGGAUGGUCAAGAUUAUCAUUUCAUUUCUCGGGCACAAUUUGAAUCUGAUAUUCUUGCACGCAAAUUUGUUGAGCAUGGAGAAUAUGAAAAAGCCUAUUAUGGGACCAGUAUAGCAGCUAUAAGAGCAGUGGUUAACUCAGAAAAGAUCUGUGUCCUCAAUCUUCACCCCUUAUCUCUAAAGAUUCUCAAAAGUUCGGACCUUAAGCCUUUUGUUGUGUUUGUUGCUCCUCCAUCAUUGGAAAAAUUACGACAAAAGAAAAUAAAGAUGGGAGAACCAGUAAAGGAUGAAGAGCUGAAGGAAACUAUAGAGAAGGCUCAUGAAAUGGAAGAGCAAUAUGGCCACUACUUUGAUCUGAUCAUCAUAAAUCAGGAUGUUGAUCGUGCAUACCAUCAGCUGUUGCAAGAAAUAAAUAGUCUUGAACGUGAACCACAGUGGGUUCCAGCGGCGUGGCUUGCACAUGAUCAGUGAAAGGUACUGUAAAUGGUCCAGUGGUGCCAAAUUGAUACCCCUGCGCUUCCUUCUGGCCAAAGGCAGAUGACGCGUGUCUGCUUCUGCCCUUCAAGUGUUUUUCCUCUGGAGAUCUUGAAUGGAGGGCAACCAGAGUAUAACAAUCAAGUCUGACUUAUACAUAACUAUAGAAUAUAUAUAUGUAUAUUGUAUAUGAACACAUGGUGCAUUUAGCCUGUUCAACAUAAAAUGUGUUGGAAUACAGAUUUAAGGUUGUGUAUGAAACUGGCUAAUUGUGUUCAUUCCCUCUAAGAAAUUGGACAUAACUAUCAAGCAAUAUAUACUGUAUAAUGAAGAUCAUUUAUAAUUGUAAAAAUACUAUGAACCUUCCCUGACUUGCGUGAACUUGAAAUUUCAUGUAAAAGCAAUCUAGACCAAGGCUUCAUUUACAAAAGGUGGGAAGUUUAAGCUCAGUUGUAUGUGGAACAGCAGUUCAAAGACUUUUGAACAGAAAUGGUUUACCUCUGUGGAAAGUACUAUGGUAGUAUUAAGCAGUCCACCUUUUGUUGAGGUGGCUCAAGUGUGUGUGAUACUAGACCAACUAGAAACACGUUAUUACCCUUGUAAAGAUGAAUCCCCCCCCUUCCCCUCUUUCUCUAGGUUAAGUCUUUUGUUAAACAUUUUUCUAUUCAUUUAGUUCAGUGUACAUAAAAUUCCUUUACAUUAUGUUUCAAAACAUUUAUAUCUAUUAUAUCCAUAUCAAUUUUAUCCAGAAUUUUGAACAUUUAAAUGUCCCUCUUUUAUGACUUUCAAUAUAUUGUAGAAUAAAAGCUAAUUUUAACCCAUAUUAAGAGAUGUUUUAAUGUCAUGAAAUCUUUAUUUCCCAUUAAAUGUUUAAAUUAUAGUAUUUUAUUAAUCUCAUUGUAGUUGGAACCAUUGCUCAUUUUAAUGUAAAGAGUUCAUUGGCUUGUGCAAUAAGAUGAGAAAAAAACAAAAUUUCUAAGCAAAAUCAGACAACAUUGUAAUUAGUCUUAUCAUUCAUAUUUCUCUUUAACAUAAGAUCCUUUGUUGUUUUUAUGUACAUAUAGGUGCCAUAUUACAUCAAAGUCGUGCUUGUAAAUCAAACCAGUUGUUUGCAGUGUUAAGCAGCAAUAAUACCUUCAGAUCCAUCUAAAUAGUGUUGUCAAAUCUUCGGCCUUUUCUUAAAGGCCUUUAGGAAAUAGUGAUGCCAAUUUUGACAGGCAAAAAAUCUGAGUGUCUUAUAAUUCAGAGUGAACAAUGCUUACCACAUUCACUUCUGAAAAGCCUAUAGAUCAACAUUCUGACAAAA